AUGAACAGUCCGUGUAUUCAAGAAGAUCAAAAUGAUCAAUCAAAUGUUAUAUGUUUAUGUCCUAAGUGUCAUUUUGGUUCCAUAUGUCAACAUAAUACACGUUUAUUAAGUUUUUCCUUAGAUUCAUUGUUUGCUAAUGAUAUACUCUCGAAUUCUGUUCGAAGUCAACAUCAAUUUAUUACUCUUUACAUUGUCAUACUUGUCGUCGUGCUAAUCUUCGGUUUUUUCAAUAACAUUUCAUGUUUUGUAACAUUUCGUCGUCCAAAACCUCGACGAGUCAUUUAUUACGACGUUGUUCCUGAUCCAAAAUACACGAAAACGAGUACAUGGUGUACGAUGCAAUAUUAUCAACAUUUGUCCAUUUAUAGCCAAACAAUAACUAUAUUUAAUUAUAUGAUUCCGUGUUUGAUCAAUUUUCUUUCUGUACUUAUCCUUAUUGUCGCUGUUACAUGUAAACGUGCGAAUGUCAAUCGAAAACAAUCGUGUAUGAAAGUAUUUCAACAGUAUAAAGAUUUAUUUAUUCCAUCGAUUUUUAUCAUUUUAAGUGCAUUACCUCAGUUUAUCAUUUCAUUCAGUUUAGCGUGUACACAAUUCUUGGAAGUUCCAUGGCAACGUUAUUUGAUCAUAACAUUCUACUUCUUAUCCUAUUUACCUCAAACGACGAACUACAUUCUAUUUAUUUUACCUUCGAAAUUUUACCAGACAGAGUUUGAGCAAACAUCAUUCGCACAAAUAUUAAACACAUUGAAAAGUAAACUCACAUGUCAUUAA